GCGGGCGGCGGCGGGCGGCCCGGGAGACACGCGCCGGCCUGACCCUAUGCGGUGACUCGCGCGGCGCAGGCGCCUCCUGCCCCGCCGGCGGGGCCCGGGCUCCCCGCGGCGGGAUGUUCUCCCGAAGGAGCCACGGGGAUGUGAAGAAGUCCACGCAGAAGGUGCUGGACCCCAAGAAGGACGUGCUGACCCGCCUGAAGCACCUGCGGGCGCUGCUGGAUAACGUGGAUGCAAGCGAUCUUAAGCAGUUUUUUGAGACCAACUAUUCUCAGAUAUAUUUCAUCUUCUAUGAAAAUUUUAUAACACUGGAAAAUAGUUUGAAAUUAAAAGGGAAUAAUAAGUCACAAAGGGAGGAGCUGGACUCCAUCCUCUUUCUUUUUGAAAAAAUACUGCAGUUUCUACCUGAACGAAUUUUCUUUCGAUGGCAUUACCAGAGUAUAGGCUCAACAUUAAAGAAGCUUCUACACACUGGAAAUUCUCUUAAGAUAAGAUGUGAAGGAAUCAGGCUGUUUCUUCUGUGGCUUCAAGCACUUCAGACAAACUGUGCAGAAGAGCAGGUGCUGAUCUUUGCUUGCCUGGUGCCCGGUUUCCCAGCCAUCAUGUCGUCCAGGGGGCCCUGUACACUGGAGACACUCAUCAAUCCUGGCCCCAGCGCAGCUGACGCAAAGAUAUAUCCAGAAGAAAUCACGCCACUCCUGCCAGCCAUAUCAGGGGAAAAGAUCACUGAGGACCAAACAUGCUUUUUUCUUCAAAUACUGUUGAAAUAUAUGGUUACUCAGGCUGCAAGCUUGGAGUGGAAGCACAAGGAGAAUCAAGAGACUGGUUUUAAAUUUCUUUUUACAUUGUUUAGAAAGUAUUACCUUCCUCAUUUGUUUCCAUCAUUUACCAAGUUAACGAACAUCUACAAGCCUGUGCUUGACAUCCCCCACUUGAGACCAAAGCCCGUGUAUGUUACUACAACUCGAGACAGUGAGAACACUUACAGCACAAAAACCCCAUACAUGGCAGCUCGCGUUGUUUUUAUUAAGUGGAUCGUGACUUUCUUUUUGGAAAAAAAGUAUCUAACUGCAACACAAAACACUAAGAAUGGAGUGGAUGUAUUGCCCAAAAUCAUUCAGACCGUCGGGGGUGGAGGUGCGGUGCAGGAGCGGGCGCCGGAGCUGGACGGCGGCGGGGCGGCCGAGCAGGACAGAAGCCACUCGGACAGCAGCACCCUGUCCGAGCGCCGGCUCAGCAGCUGCAGCGUCUGCGGCGUUGAGGAGGAGCACCGCGCCGUGUACGAGAUGGUCCAGCGCAUCCUUCUGUCCACGCGUGGCUACGUCAACUUCGUGAACGAGGUGUUCCGCCAGGCAUUUUUGCUGCCUUCCUGUGACAUAGCUGUAACCAGAAAAGUAGUUCAAGUAUACAGAAAGUGGAUCCUCCAGGACAAACCUGUGUUCAUGGAGGAACCAGACAUAAAAGAAGUUGCCCAAGAAGAUGCUGAAAAAUCAGGAUUUUCAGAGACUGAUAACAAGCAGACCUCAUCUGAAAGUUCUGGUCACAAGCGAUCUUCCAGUUGGGGACGAACUUAUUCCUUCACGAGUGCUGUGAGCAGAGGGUGUGUAACCGAAGAGGAGAAUAAGAACGUGAAGGCUGGGGCCCAGGCUAUGCUGCAGGUAUUUUUGACAAACGCUGCAAACGUCUUUUUGCUGGAACCGUGUGUGGAAGUUCCCAUGCUCUUGAAGGAGCAAGUUGAUGCGUGUAAAGCUGUUCUGAUUAUUUUUAGGCGCAUGAUAAUGGAGCUUACAAUGAAUAAAAAGACAUGGGAACAGAUGUUGCAAAUACUACUCAGGAUAACAGAAGCUGUCAUGCAGAAGCCAAAGGAUAAACAAAUAAAGGACCUGUUUGCCCAGAGCUUGGCAGGGUUACUGUUUAGGACGCUCCUGGUGGCCUGGAUCCGCGCAAACCUCUGCGUGUACAUCUCUCGGGAGCUCUGGGACGACUUCCUCGGGGUGCUGUCCUCCCUCACGGACUGGGAGGAGCUCAUCCACGAGUGGGCCAGCAUCAUGGACUCCUUGACGGUGGUGCUUGCCAGGACCGUGUACGGAGUUGAGAUGACAAACCUACCUCUGGACAAAUUAAGUGAACAGAAGGAGAAGAAGCAGCGAGGCAAAGGCUGUGUUCCAGAUUCUCAGAAAGGAACCACCGUGGGGAGAUCCUUUUCUCUGAGCUGGCGGAGCCACCCCGAUGUGGCCGAGCCCAUGCGAUUCAGGAGUGCCACCACAUCCGGGGCGCCGGGAGUUGAGAAAGCGAGAAACGUCGUCCGCCAGAAAGCAACCGCUAAGCGAAGCCAGUCUAUCAGCAGCUGUGUCCACCUCUCUGAGGCUUUGCCUGCCACUAAAAGCGUCCCGCUUCUCCUCCACACCGUGAGCGCUCUCUUCCCUGGUCUAUCUUACACCUCUUGCUCUCACAGGCUGUCAGAAGUGGAAGAAUGCCCGCAGCCGGAAAAUGCAGCUGCAGCCGAAUCCGGCCCCCUGGCGGCAGCCGAGCAGCAGCCAAUGGUUCGGAGCAGCAGCAGCCCUGACGUCACGGAGCCGCUGUGCUCAGAGGCCCCUCCGGGUCAAAAGGUAGAAAAUGCACAGAAUGUGAGUUCCUCAGAGCCCAGGCCUGUUCAGGAGAGCAAAGGACAUGAGAAGAAAGAACAUGAAGGAAUAACAAUCUUAGUACGAAGAAGCAGCAGCCCCGCUGAAUUGGAUUUGAAAGAUGAUUUGCAGCAGACGCAAGGAAGAUACAGGGGGAGACAGAAGAGUGACAGUGUCAGCAGUGACCCUGCUCUGGGCUGCAGCACGGAGGCAGAGCUGUCCCUGAGCCCGUGGCAGAUCUGCGAGGAAGACCCGGAACUGAGCACGUCCACGGAUGCCGUGACUGACUCCGAUGCCCGCCACUGGUUGCAACUCAGUCCCACGGAUGCUUCCAACCUCACAGAUAGCAGCGAAUGCCUUGCUGAUGACUGUAGCAUAAUCGCUGGGGGGACCCUCACGGGUUGGCACCCAGACUCGGCUGCCGUGUUAUGGCGAAGAAUCUUGGGAAUCCUCGGAGACGUGAAUAAUAUCCAGUCACCCAAGAUCCAUGCCAGAGUGUUUGGCUAUCUCUAUGAACUCUGGUACAAGCUAGCGAAGAUACGGGAUAACCUAGCAAUAAGCCUGGAUAACCAGUCUUCUCCGUCUCCUCCCGCCUUGAUCCCGCCCCUCAGAAUGUUUGCAUCAUGGCUAUUUAAGGCGACAACACUGCCCGAUGCCUAUAAGGAAGGCAAGCUCCAAGCCUACAAGCUGAUCUGCGCCAUGAUGACCCGACGCCAGGACGUGCUGCCCAACUCGGACUUCCUGGUGCAUUUUUACCUCAUCAUGCACCUGGGACUAACCAGCGAGGACCAGGAUAUCUUAAAUACCAUUGUAAGGCACUGCCCACCCCGCUUCUUCUCCCUGGGUUUGCCCGGCUUCUCCAUGCUGGUGGGGGACUUCAUCACGGCCGCUGCCAGGGUCCUCAGUGCAGACACGCUGGCGGCCCCUCGUUUGGAAGCCCUCACCAUUCUCGGGUCUCUGGUCUGCUUUCCCAACACCUACCGCGAGAUCCCUCUGUGGCAGCCGGUGCCCGAAGUUACUGAAGUCACCAAGGGAACGGAAGAUGUCAAGCACUACCUCAUAAGUAUUUUACUGAAGAAUGCCACAGAGGAACCAAAUGAGUGUGCAAGGUGCAUUGCCAUUUGCUCCCUUGGGGUCUGGAUCUGUGAAGAGCUUGCACAGGGCACGAACCAUCCUCAGCUGAGAGAGGCCGUCAACGUGAUAGGCGUCACUUUGAAGUUUCCUAACAAAAUCGUGGCCCAGGUAGCUUGUGAUGUGCUUCAGUUGCUGGCUUCCUACUGGGAAAAGCUUCAGAUGUUUGAAACCUCUCUGCCUCGGAAAAUUGCAGAAAUCCUCGUGGCCACAAUUGCUUUUCUUUUACCAAGUGCAGAAUAUUCCUCAGUGGAAACAGAUAAGAAGUUCCUCGUGUCCCUGCUGCUCUGCCUCCUGGACUGGUGCAUGGCGCUGCCGGCGGGCGCGCUCCUCCACCCCGUGUCCACAGCGGCCCUGGACGAGCAGCCCGCGGCCCGGGCCCCCUUGCUGGAUUACAUCUACAGGGUUCUGCACUGCUGUGUUUGCGGCUCAAGCACGUACACCCAGCAGAGCCGCUACACCCUGACCCUGGCUGACCUGUCGUCCGCGGAUUACGACCCCUUCCUCCCACUGGCAAACGUGAAGAAUUCUGAGCCGGUCCAAUUUCAUUCAUCAGCAGAACUGGGCAACCUGCUUACUGUCGAAGAGGAGAGGAGGCGGAGGAGCAUGGAGCUGAUCCCGCUGACUGCGCGCAUGGUGAUGGCGCACCUGGUGAACCACCUGGGGCACUUCCCCCUGCGCGGGGGCCCCGCCGUGCUGCACAGCUUGGUCAGCGAGCACCACGACAACACACACGCCGACGCUGCCGAGCUCUCCCCCGACGUGUUCAGGAGCCCGAACCUGCAGCUGUUUGUGUUCAAUGAUAGCACCCUCAUCUCCUACCUGCAGACACCCGCGGCGGGUCCUCCCGGCGGGUCGCCAGCGGGCGCCCCCUCGGACGUGAGAGUGAUCGUGCGGGACAUCUCGGGGAAGUACUCCUGGGACGGGAAGGUGCUCUAUGGACCUCUGGAAGGCUGCUUAGCCCCACAGGGCAGAAGUCCCUCGUUCCUGAUCUCGGGCUGGCAUCACCAAUCGCCUGGACCUCAGGGGGAUCGUUCUCAGACUGAGCAGGGGGAGGAUGUCCUCAACAAAUUACUUGAAAACAUUGGCCACACGAGUCCCGAAUGCCUUUUACCAUCACAGCUCCAUCUCAGCGAGCCUUCCCCACCCCCAUGUGGAAUGAACCGUGCCCAAGAGAAGGAAAUCAUCGAGAUCCUCCUGCGCCAGAGCACACAGGAAGACGAGUAUGUCCAGAGGUGCGACUUGGACGCGGCCAUGAAGGUUGCCAGCCAGGAGCCGCCAUCACCGGUGGAGCCCCGGGGAGCCUUUUACUUCUGCAGGUUGCUGCUCGAUGACUUGGGAAUGAAUUCUUGGGACAGAAGGAAGAAUUUCCAUCUGUUGAAGAAAAAUUCAAAAUUAUUGAGAGAGCUAAAAAAUCUGGACUCCCGACAAUGCCGUGAAACGCACAAAAUCGCAGUGUUUUAUGUUGCUGACGGCCAAGAAGACAAGUGCUCGAUCCUUUCCAAUGAAAGAGGAAGCCGAGCGUACGAAGACUUUGUUGCCGGACUGGGAUGGGAGGUGGACCUCUCAACCCACUGCGGGUUCAUGGGUGGACUUCAACGCAAUGGCAGCACGGGCCAGACUGCCCCCUACUACGCUACCUCGACCGUGGAAGUGAUUUUCCACGUUUCAACUCGGAUGCCAUCAGACUCAGAUGAUUCGCUCACCAAAAAGCUCCGUCACUUGGGGAAUGACGAGGUCCACAUCAUCUGGUCUGAACACUCCCGGGACUACCGCAGGGGGAUCAUCCCCACCGCCUUCGGAGACGUUUCAAUCAUCAUCUACCCCAUGAAGAAUCACAUGUUCUUUAUCGCGAUAACGAAGAAACCCGAGGUUCCAUUUUUUGGGCCCCUGUUUGAUGGAGCAAUCGUGAGUGGGCAGCUCCUGCCAAGCCUCAUCUGUGCCACUUGCAUCAACGCCAGCAGGGCCGUGAAGUGCCUCAUCCCCCUCUACCAGAGCUUCUACGAGGAGAGAGCUCUGUAUCUCGAAGCAGUAAUCCAAAACCACCGCGAAGUCAUGACAUUUGAGGAUUUCACAGCCCAGGUCUUCUCCCCGUCUUCCAGCUACUCCGUCAGCGGAACUGAUACGUAAAGGCCUCGGCGCAGUAUUUGUACAAGAUUGGACGGGUCCUGGCUGCCAGGCUGAGCCUCCCGCACAGCGCCUCUCGGGGAGGGGGAGAUGGCUGAGAGUCCCCCACUUCCCCACCCGAACCCCCAAACCCAGACUUCGGGAACAUCGCUGCCCUGCUGGUGCCCUCAGCCGGUCUCCCCGUUCACCGUCUUCUGAAGUUGAAGAGGAAUCCCACCGAAAUGCUGUGGAUCAGACUUUCAAACUGAUCCACAUCUGUGGCAUCUCAGGAACCUUGGGCUUCGAAAGAAGAAAAGAAAAAGUUGCCAACCACCGGAGACUCACCCACUGUCACGCGGCGCCGGUGGGGCUGCCCUAACAGAGGAAAAAGGAGAAGGUUCCGGGCUUUCCGGGAGGGCGGGGGGCAGCUGGCUCUGUCCCCCGGUCGUUUAUAAACCCAUCAUGUUUCACCGAGGGGCCGGCCAAAUGCCUGUCAGGUUGUUGGAGGAAUGUUCGUUCCCUGCCUUGAUUUUGCUCGUUCUUCUUCUGUUAGGAUUUAUGGUUAGUCCAAAAUUUCAUCAUCAUGGAAAUUGGCUUUCCCUAGAGUCUCGAGCCCGGGAGAAGUUUUACCUCCGUUGCUGUGUGUAUUCCACCUGGUUCCUGAUGCCCGCUAACUGGGGAGAGGUUUCCUGCCCCUGGCCCUGCUGGAGGCCCUCCAGGUGAUGACGGUGAAGCUUCUAUCACAGAGCGCUCAGGUGAUUCUAGAAACACAGGGUCCUGUCCCUGCAGAGCUCCCUUCCAGGCUCCUCCAAAGGCUUUGCCCUGUGGUGCCCUGCCGGCAGGGGCCUCACACAUGUUUCCUGACACACAGAGCUUUAGGGUGACAGAUCCCGAGCAGAGGGUGUGUGAUCCCUACUUUGUACCCAUUUGCCUCCCCAAGGAAGGCCUGUUGCAUCUUUUUAAAAAAAAGAGAAAGAAAGAAAGAAAGAAAGCCCCACCUUCCGUCUGUGCUUGCCGGGCGCUCUUGCUGGGGUCAGGGUGUUGGAUGCAGUCCCUCUGCUUGUCAUCUAGGCCCUCGGGCCAUUUGCGGAGUAAGCCCGGGGCUCAGAACAGGGGAGCCACCAGCUAAGGGCUUGGAAAGGUCUCCGUGCAGGUGCUUCCCCGCCCUCCCCUACCCUCCGCCUCUCCACUCUUGCCCUCACCUGUGCACACCCCCAGCCUGCCUUGGCCACCUUCCUGCUGAGCCCACUCACCCGCAGAGCUGCCGUUUUCCCUGACCACCCAGGUCCAGGUGGCUGGGCUGGUACCCGACGUUGGCAGGAGAGGUGGGCAGACCCAGGGGCCAGCCUUGGUGUGGGGACAGUGGAGAAGGCUUUCCUGGAAGGAGGGGACUUCUAAUUCUCGAGGGAGCUUGUUCUUCUGUUUUACAGAGGACUGCAGGUAGGACUUGAGGCCAGGCCCACAGAAAGGGGCGGCUCGAGCACCGUUGGGACCUGAGAGAACCAGGUUCAUUCCAAACAGAAGCAGCGCUCCGGGCUGGCCUGUAAACGGGGCCGAUUUGUUGCCUGAUUGGGGGCUUAGUGGCAACAUAAAAGGUGACUGGAAGUGACAGCCUUUUCUGCUGUGUUAGCAGCUGUCACGAUUCUCAUCUUCCCAGGCACCCCCUCCCCGACUUUAAGUGCUGUGGGCUCUCUGCUUGGUGUGCUUUGGCCCACGUAGCUCUGGACUCAGCACUCCUGCCGCUGCUCCACGUGGUACCUCGUUCCUGCGGGAAGGGCAUCGCGUGCUCCUGGGCUCCCAAGUGCCACAUAAGCUCUAGCUUCUGGGAGAAUGUGUCACCUUCAGGCUCUAGAAUACCCCUGUUGCAGAAUUCUUGGAUUUAGUCAGUGUCAGGAUUCAGAAUCGUAUUGAACCUACCCGGACUCCUGCACCAUGCUUCCAUUUCAUCUCCAGGAACCAGUCUUGACCUGGAGUGGGAAAUCCGGUUGUAGGUAGCAAAUAGGUAGACCUUCCUAUAAUCCCUAAUGAUUUUUGGCAGCCCCAUGACCCUAGAGGACAGCCAGAAGUUUUAUGGCUCUUCGCAGUAACAGCUUUGGUUUGGAGAUUUGGAACCGGGAGACAGGAACUCUAGCGACCAGUUUUGCUUGCACUCACAUGCACUUGAAUCGUUCUUGUUAUUUGGGGUGGAAAAUUGAAAUGAUCAAGUUUUUUUUUUUUUCACUUAGAAAAGCAAAUAUUGAGCUUCUGUAAUAAAUGCCUUUCAGCAAAAUUGCCAAGGGUCACUCAUCCGGUGGGGACCCCACCUGAGUCACAGUGCUGACUCGUCACAUUAGUAGGUCAGCCAUCUGUAAACAAAAGUGGUCCUAAGUGGCCCAAAAUAGAUAAGACUUGCUGGCUUCCAGGCAGGGCCAGGCCAGUCCCCUCACUUCUCUGCACGCUGAUUUCCAUCUGAAGCAAAGAUGUUGUUCUAUAGUCUCACUGAGUAGGUUUUUGUACUUAAAAAAAUAGUAAUUCCACAAAAUGAUGACAGUUUAAGUGGUAAAACCUUAAGUAGACAGCAGUGAGGACUUGUAGCUAGGGUAAGCGACUGUCACAGCGUCUUCCUGCGGUUAAGGCUGCAGUUCCCAACGGCCACUGGGAAGGAGGGGGUUUCAGCCUUGACCCUGUGAGAGAGGCUGGCUUAUGGGACCUUAGCCUUACCAACAAGAUCAUGCGGAUCGGUAGACAAUGCAAAUCACAUCUUCCUGACCUUCCUCAGGUGUGACCACCUGUGCUUCAUUUACUGUCAUAUCUGUAUCAUCUGGAGGUUUGAAGGAUGCUUUCAUGUUUACUGUGAUGUCAUAGAUGUAACUGUGCUUACCUUCAUAGCUACUGAAGGGGAAUGUUCCACAUCCGAAGGGAAAUUCAGCAGGAAACAACAACCUUUUAGUUGCACUCAGUACCUAUGUAUGACAUACACAUUAAGUGAAUGUUUUCUUAUGUUUUCAGGUCUACAAUAUUUAGUACAUGUAAAUGAGGACGAAAUUUGAUAAACAUGGUAAAUUAAGUUAUAGGGUGUCAUUUGAUUUCUAUCUUGCUGUCUCUUGUUAUUUAAUUUUCCUGAUGCUCCACAUCUGGGCUUAUACCUCCAUCGGUGUAGACCUUGCCUGUAACCCACUUGGCAGGCAUGGUGCCCCGUGGCGAGGGGCGACCCUCGCCCGGAGAAGCACAUGGCUCACCAAUGGCCACUACCUGACUCUCCAGUUUGCCCUCUGUCUUUAAUUCUGAUUUACUGUGACGACUUACUAAAGUAGA